CGCAUUGAUGUGUGGGGACCGGCAGCACAUCCGUAGGUGUAUCAUGGUGUUCCGCAGCCCCUGUGCCGACAGGUGAGCAGUCGCUGAUCCGUGGAGCUGUGGUUGGGAACUGGACCCUGAAAGGUGAUGGCGACAAUGGAAGACUGCAGUAUUGUGAAGUCCUUGGAAAAGAAAUUUAGUAUGAUUGAUUAUGUUCAAUGGGAGAGGACAGACAGACUUAGAGAGGGACCCAGUGAGCAAACUCCAUCACUUCCACCUAUCAAGUGGCUACCAGAAGCUCUAGGGAAUCACUGGAAGAUUGUGAAGAAGGGCAAGGGGAAAACAACACAAGAGCAAAUAAAGUGGGAAGCUCGGCUGUGUGCUGAGAAGUUCUGUUCAAAGAAAUGCAAUUAUACAUGGCAUACAAGAGAAAAAAUAAGUGCAGAUAAUGCCUGCUACGUGGAACUAAAAGAAAAAAUCAAAAUUCUUAAGUAUUUAAUAACAGCAAAAAAGAAGCAGGUGGAUGAAUACAAGGAGUAUAACGGGAACCUCCUGGAUAUUAACAUGAAGCUGAUAGAGAAAUUGAAGGAGUUGGAAGAAAAUGCCAUGGCGGAAUCCAGAACCAUCCUGAUUCAGUACAACAAGUUUAGGAAAGGAAUUUCUGGUGUAGGUGAAUGGAAACAACAGGAGAUUGAAGCAGCAAAAGAUGAUCUCAAAGACACUGAAAAAACAGUGAAACAAAAAUCUGAAGAGUUGUAUUCUCAAGUCGAAGAAGUUAACACAAGGAUUCGGAAUGCACAAGCUGAACUUCAUAUGUUGAAAGAAUUCAGAGACAAAGAGCUCCUGACAUCUGCUUUGAAAAUAACACAGCUGGAGAAAGAGAUCAAGCAGCUCACACAAAAACAUCAAGAUGAACUAGUGGAUGUGGAGGAAAUUACACUGGCACAUAAGAGAAGAAUGGAAAAUACCCUCAAAGAGAAGGAGCAGGAGGUAUUUCAUAAAAUCGCUAAGAAGCAAAUCAAUUUCCUGCCUUCGGGAUUUCAAGAGGUAAUGCUUCACAAUGCGUUGAUGAGGAAGGAAAUAGAAAUUCACAUUGAGCUGAAUAAAAAUAUGGAAAAGAAUAAUUUGGACCUACAGCGGAAUCUGUUACACCUACUGAAAUCAAGAAAGGAUGGCAGAGAGGAAAUCUUCACAGAUGUUUUCCAAAAUCAGCCAAAGUGCACACCAGACACAGAAAUUGUGUUGGAUAUCCCAAGGGAAGAGUGUCUUCCUAUUUAAUGCCAGACCCUCUGAUGAAAAUGACUUAGACAGAAAUAGCCUUUUUGUUUAUCUGACUUUAUGACAUGAAACACUUCUAAUUGGCAUCAUCUGGAUGUAUAAAAUGUACAGAGAUUUCUGAUAAAGGCUAAACAACA